AUGAUGAAAUUACCUUCAAGGAUCAGAAGGUCUUUAAAAGCAAAAAUGAUCGUAAAAAAUAGCACAACCUCUGUGAGCAUGUCUCUGACUGCUCUGAGGCUCGUUGGUUUCUGGAUGCCAGAGCAUUUUGGAGGGAACAAGAGGAUUUUGUACGAUUGCUACGGCUUUUUCAGCUUCAUGUUCUUGUUAGGGACCUACCUCAUCAUCCAAGCCGUGGACAUGUGUAUGAUAUGGGGCGACCUUCCCCUCAUGACUGGAGUAGCGUUUGUCCUCUUCACCAACCUGGCACAAGCCACCAAGAUCUUCUUCAUGGUGUGGAGGAGGAAGCAGGUCCUGACCAUCAUCAGGGGAGCGGACGAAGUGUUAAGAGCUGUGGACAGUGAUGAAGCGAAGGCUAUUGUCAAAAGUUGCAGCCGCGAGACCACGUUUCUGCACAUUGUCUACAACUGCUUGACGCUGGUCACGAUGGUCGGCUGGGGAACCAGUGCGGAGAAGAACCAGCUACCCUUGAGAGCUUGGUAUCCAUACAACACAUCAAAAUCUCCAGCCUACGAGUUGACCUACAUGCACCAGAUCGGGGCGCUAUGCGUCGCAGCCUUCCUCAACGUAUGCAAGGACUCGCUGGUGACGUCACUGAUCGCGCAGUGCCGCUGUCGGCUGAGGCUGCUGGGUCUAUCGCUGAGGAGUCUGUGCAAGGACCUGCAUGCUUCUGGAAAGCAAUACACCGCCGAGCAAGAGGCCAUAGUACGCGCGCGCCUCUGCGCUUGCGUGAGAGAACACCAGGCGGCGCUGGAGGCUGCACAACAGAUCCAGGACGUCUUCUCCGAACAGACCUUCGCCCAGUUCAACGUGUCGCUGGUCAUCAUCUGUGUGACGGCGUUCCAGUUAGUGUCGCAAACUGGAAAUCUCGUCCGACUUAUGUCAAUGGGCACCUAUCUGGUGAACAUGAUGUACCAGGUGUUUCUAUACUGCUACCAGGGCAACCAGCUUUCAGAAGAGAGUGCUAUGAUAGCCGGUUCAGCGUACGAGUGCCCGUGGUACCUGAUGUCGAUAUCGCUUCGACGAUCGCUGCUGAUCGUCAUGAUCCGCACGCGGCGCAUCAGCAAGAUCACCGCUGGGGGCUUCACUACGCUAUCACUGGCUUCUUUUAUGGCGAUAAUAAAAGCAUCGUAUUCCUUAUUUACACUGCUGCAGCAAGUGGAAGGGAAAAAAUAAAAUAACUCCUUUAUGUUACAAGUAGUUUUGAGUAGGAAAACGCAUAGUCCACACAAUAAUAGUGCAAGCUUUGCUUAGUUUGGCAUAAUGUACAAGGAUAUUAACAUAUUUAU